AAUGAUUCGGUAUGACAAAUCAGAAGUGAAAUAACUGAGCAAUAGCAAGCAACAGGCUGCUAGCCCAAAGGGAAAAAAACCAGAAACGCAAAUCACAAGAAUACCAACGUCAAGCUAAGAAAUGGCCACGGCAACAGCACAUCUGCCCAUCCAGAAGCGGAAAUACCACGAGCACAGUGGCGAGCCCGGCUGCCAAGGACUGGAGGAGGUUAACCGCAUGUUCCGCAACUUCUGGGAUCCAACGGCGUACUGGGUGUGCGACAAGCAGGGAACCCGUGCCCGCCUCCAGCGCUGCCCUAAAUCUCAAUUGUACUCCGAGGAGCUGGGUCGCUGUGUCCACUAUGCCGAUUGGGCGUGGACCGAGCCCAAGGAGCCGCCAAGCCGGCCCAAGCCCACCAGUCAGUCGGUCUCCAAACAGUAAUUCCUGGAUGGGGAAAAAGAUGCUCCUAAUUUAAUGUUACUCUAAGACAACCAACCUCAAUAGCAUUACGUUAUCACUAAUU